AUUGUGAGCUCGAUGGGUCGUCAUGAGUUGCCAACCGACACAUAAAAUCCACAGAAGAAGAAGUAAUCAUGAGUUUUUGCUAUUAGUACAUAAAAAAAGAUUGUGCUUAUUUGUACAUAGUUAAUGAGAGACUGGGUUGAAUCGAAUGCUCUGCUCUAUAUUGUGACGUUUCAUUGAUAACGACCUAUUGGAGAAGCAGUUAUGGCCAUCUUCUUGUACUGUCUUUGGCAAUAUGGCGAAACUACCACCUAUCCUAUCAGAAAUUGGAACUAUUACCAUAUUGCUUACACUUGUCAAAUCUCCACAAAUGUGUAGGUUCUAGGGUUAGAUUUGGGAUUAGCCCUCUAUUUCCGCGCCCAGUCCCAACGCUCUUCCGGGUUUGAACUGAAAGGUCAAGACGCUUGGCAAUAAAUGUUCAAAUACGUCCAAAGUUGCCUAGUCAGAGGAGGAUGGAGCCUAUAAUGAGAUUACAGUAGUUUAAGGACAAUUUGAGAUUUUGUUAUCUUGGCUUUACACAAAAAUCGAACUAAGUUUUCAGACAACUGUCAAACAUUCAGAAACGCUUAUCUCUGCUAGAGUUCGCUAGCUAGCUAGCUGGUGAGUGGCUAGUUUAGCAGAAGUGAACUAUCUUGAAGAAAACAAUGGAGAGCAAGGACAAAGUACAAAUGAGGACUCACCCACGCAGGCAGUUAAAGAAGCUCAGUGAAGACAGUUUAACCAAGCAGCCAGAAGAAGUCUUCGAUGUGCUGGAGAAACUUGGCGAAGGGUCCUAUGGCAGCGUCUUUAAGGCCAACUACAAAGAGACGGGGGAGAUUGUGGCCAUCAAACAGGUCCCUGUGGAGUCCGACCUGCAGGAGAUCAUCAAAGAGAUCUCCAUCAUGCAGCAGUGUAACAGUCCCCAUGUUGUGAAGUACUAUGGCAGUUAUUUUAAGAACAGCGACCUGUGGAUUGUAAUGGAGUACUGCGGAGCUGGCUCGGUCUCUGACAUAAUUCGUCUACGCAACAAAACGCUAACAGAGGAUGAGAUCGCCACCAUAGUGCAGUCCACUUUGAAGGGACUGGAGUACCUGCAUUUUAUGAGGAAGAUCCACAGAGACAUCAAGGCAGGGAACAUCCUGCUCAAUGCAGAGGGCCAGGCCAAGCUGGCUGACUUUGGGGUAGCGGGACAGCUGACGGAUACCAUGGCCAAGCGGAACACAGUGAUUGGCACUCCUUUCUGGAUGGCCCCCGAGGUGAUACAAGAGAUUGGGUAUAAUUGUGUGGCAGACAUCUGGUCCCUGGGCAUCACAGCCAUAGAGAUGGCAGAGGGAAAGCCUCCCUACGCAGACAUCCACCCUAUGAGGGCCAUAUUUAUGAUUCCUACCAAUCCUCCACCGACUUUCCGAAACCCAGACUUGUGGUCGGAGCUCUUCCGAGACUUUGUCAUCCAGUGCCUGGUGAAGAACCCAGAGAACAGAGCCACUGCCACACAGCUUCUACAGCAUCGGUUCAUUAAGGCUGCUAAGCCCAGCAGCAUCCUCAGAGCUCUGAUCACAGAUGCCAUGGAGAUCAAACUGAAGAAAGUGGAGGCCGAGCAGAGCGAACAGGACCAAGAGGACGAAGACAACUCGGACGAAGACGAGGUGGACCAGGGCACGAUGGUGAGAGCGGGCAUGGGUGACAUGGGCACCAUCCGGGAGGCGGGCUCGUUAGGGGACACAGCGAGGACAAUGAUAGAGUACAGCGACACGGACACCAUGGUGUCUCAGCUGGGCACCAUGGUGAUCAACUCGGACGAUGAUGAGGAGGCCGGCACCAUGAAACGCCUAGGGAGAGAUGAGACCAUGCAGCCCGCCAAGCCGUCCUUCCUGGAGUACUUUGAGCAGAAGGAGAAGGAGGCCAACUGUCACAACAGCAGUGGAGGAGACCCAGAACACAAUGCUGACAACCGCAAACUGCCUGCAGAGGGAGACCUAGAACUGAUGCGAACAUGGAGCGUGGAGGAGCUUAGGUUACGGCUGGCCUCCCUGGACCCCCAGAUGGAGCAGGAGAUCGAGGAGAUCCGCCAGCUCUACCAGGCCAAGCGCCAGCCCAUCCUGGACGCCAUCGAGGCAAAGAAGCGACGCCAGCAGAACUUCUGAGACAGUUUGGCGUUUGACCCUCAAACCUCUUAGGUGGGCUCUUGGUCCUACACACUGGACAGAUUACUUCUGUUCAUUGCUUUGGACCCUACUUCAUUGCAGUUAUUGUAUUUUUCUUUAAAGGGAAACCACUUAGUGCUGCCAAGCAUGCACCUUUUUAUGUCUUAACUUAUUGUGUUAAUUGUUUAGGGCACUUCAGACCUCUCAAGUAUUCUUUUAUCUGUCGUGGGACAUUUGUCUUCCACUGUUGGUACUCUUGAAUCAACUGUGUAGCAUUGCUAAUUGGAGCAACAAGAUCACUUUUAUACCAUACAGUCAAACACUAUAAUUUGGUGUGUUUUUCUGUUUUUACCACUUUUGUGAAACUUGGUACUUAUUCCUUAAUUAGUUUUUUAGUUCCACAUACUAGCCUAUUCAUUUUGCAGCACAGUACAAUAUCCAGCCAAAGGGAAGUUCAAUUUACGGUAGCACUUUUUAAUAACUCCAUGUAAUAAAGCAUUUAUAAUGGAUUAGUAAAUAGUUUAUUAAUUGAUUAAUUAUUACUCCAUUCAUAAGAUGUUUAAUGUAGGUCCUUAUAAACCAACAUUUUUGUGCGACCUCAUCUAAAGUGUGGGAUAUUUAUACUUUAUAAAUACAGUUUUACUUGUAAAUAUGUUCUAGGAUAUUUUGAGACCUUAAGGAGCAUCAGGUACUGCUAGAAUGUCUACCAAUGGCAUGUCCAUCUUUUUGUGAGAAAUUACACUGGUCACUCAACAUUUAUAAAGUAUUUAUAAAUAGCCCACACUUUAGAUGAGGCCACACAAAAAUAGUAAACUAAUGAUUAUAAAAUGGUUAUAAGGAACUAUACUGUACAAAAUAUAAACGCAACAAUUUCAACGAUUUUACAGAGUUACAGUUCAUAUAAAGGAAUCAGUCAAUUGAAAUCA